AUGCCUUCUUUUAACAAAUCAUUUGUGAUGAAUCACACAUGUCUUCGUAUCAAAGACCCAAAGGUUUCAAUUCCAUUUUAUACCGAUAUUCUUGGAAUGAAAUUAAUUGCCACCUUACCCUUCCCUGAUAGUAAAUUCACAUUGUACAUGUUAGCAUAUGACAAUGGAGACAAUGACAACGAUUUAAGCUGGUCUGCGAGGGAAGGUGUACUCGAAUUGUGUCAUAAUCAUGGUGUUGAAAACGAUGAAUCCUAUAAGUUGAAUAAUGGAAACGGAGACGAGUUUAGAGGAUUUGGACAUAUUUGUGUUUCGGUUGAUAAUAUUGAAGCUGCUGAAGCUCAGUUAUUAAGCAAUGGAGUUAAAUUCCAGAAAAAGUUAAGUGAUGGUAGACAAAAGACCAUUGCUUUCGCCUUAGAUCCAAACGGAUACUGGAUCGAAUUAAUAGAGAACGGACAAGGCAAAGUCUCGAAUAAGACUGAUUCUACUAAUUACAAGCUUAACCACACUAUGAUAAGAGUCAAGGACCCAAAGAAAUCCUUAGAUUUCUACCGUAACGUUUUAGGUAUGAAAUUGUUCUCAACCAGUGUUCAUGAAGGUGCAAAAUUUACCCUUUACUUUUUAGGCUAUGAACAUGAUCCAUCUUUCAAGGAAGACACUCUUUCUAGAGAAGAACAAUCCAAGAAACAAGGAGUGAUUGAAUUGACCCAUAAUUGGGGUACUGAAUCGGACAACGAGUUUAAAGGUUAUCACAAUGGUAAUUCAACUGAAAAUGGUGCUAUACAAGGUUAUGGACACACCUGUGUUUCCUGUAAUGAUCCUUCCAAAUUCUGUGAGGAGAUCAAUGCUGAAUUUGGCGAAGCAAAUAUUGAUUGGGCUGUUCAAUGGGGUAAAGGUGGAAUAAAGCAACUUGCUUUUAUUAGAGAUCCGGAUGGAUACUCCAUUGAAAUUAUAAAUUCCGUGUUCAAGCAAUAA